AUGCAGUAUUUGACCCAACUGGCGAUAUUAACGGCUUUGAUAAUUAAAAGUGGCCAUUCAAUUCAGUAUCAUUACAAUGUUGAAAUUGACGCCGGUUAUAAUGGUGGUCGGCUCAAGCAAUUUUGGAAAAGCACGGGACUUUGUCCACCGGAUCCAAAACAGGAAGCGUACAAGUUUUUAUUGGGAGAGGACGAGAAAAUUAAUUUAGCGUUAAUUGGAUCUCUGCCAAAUAAAGGAAUAAGACAUGUUAGGAUACAUUGGCUGUUGAAUUUAAUUACACAGACGGAUGCUACACACUCCUAUAAUUUUAAGUAUUUAGAUAAUUUAAUUGAUCACUUAACUAAAUACAAUUUAAGACCUGGUUUUGAGUUAAUGGGCCACCCUAUUACACUUAAUCCUCGCAAUGCUACUUAUAAAUCAAAUAUUAAUUGGGCCGCGCUUGCCGAACAAAUCGCUGUAAGGUAUCUUGAUAAAUAUGGUAGUAGGCAACUGAAACGAUGGAGAUUUGAAACUUGGAAUGAGCCAGAUCUAAAAUCAUAUAAUAUUUAUAAUUUUACUCUUGGAGAAUAUCUGUCUUAUGUAGAUGGUUGCUUUCUUGGUUUAAAAACUGCUUUCUCCAAGUACAGUAGUUUAGGAAACUUAAAACUGGGGGGACCUGCCGGACUAUUUCGUGACCCAAAAUACCAUCCCUUGUGCUGGGGGUUAUUGAAACACUGUAAUAAAGUAGGCACGACGAAAUGUCCCGUGCAGUUUUUUUCGUUUCACAGGAAAGGCGACGGUACUCCUCAGGGACACAUGAAUGCCUCACUACAAUUGUUGGAUCAGAUUUACGACGAAUUUCCUAAUUUGAGAAAAAUGCGUAUUGCCAAUGAUGAAUCCGACUUGCUAAAAACAUGGUCCAGAGCCGAGGAAUGGAGAGCGGACGUGAGGUACGCGGCAAAUGUUGUAAAAGUGAUCGCGGACUAUUAUAAAUCAGUGCGACUGGACAGGAAGUGGAAGAUAGAGGUGGUGAGCAACGAUAACGCUUUCCUGAAUUAUCACCCUUUCUAUUUCACUCAACGAACUUUGUUUGCUAGGUUUCAGAUGAAUCGCACGCACCCGCCGCACCGACAAUUUAUUAAAAAACCCGUGUACGGCGUAAUGGGCAUGUUAUCCUUCCUGAAAGGCGAAAAUAUCGUGAAAAAGGACCGAAUUAAUCACGAUCCAUUUUUAACCGUUUUGGCCACCAGAAACCAGGGGAGAAGACGUCAGUCAUCGAUCUCCAUCCUAAUGAGUUUUGCAAACGGUACACAAAUAAACGACGAAUACAUAGGCAACGUCACGGUGUCUAUAAACAAUUUGCCUGAACAGCUUCAUGGCCCCAAAUACGUGGUCUAUAUAUUGGAUAAUGAGAAGACGAAUCCUUACGCCGUGUGGAGGACGAUGGGGAAACCAGUGUUCCCAGAUUUGCAUACAAGAAAUGAAAUGAGAAACGUUGAGGAGCCGCUUCUACUUCGUGGACCGACCGAAUUUAAUUCGGUCAAUAUUAACAUUUCCGUAUUAAUGUCAAUACCAAGUGUCGCUUUGAUACAUUUAUGCACACAUGGAGACAAUUAUCCUGGCACUGUGUAUUCCAUUAAUGUUUUUAAUGUGACCCGCAGUGAGGUAUUAUUAACUUGGAAGUACAAUCAGAAAAAUUCCCAGUGCAUCCGAACGUAUGAAGUGGAACAGGCCAUCGACUGUCCCGGAAACUCGCCCACAGAAUUCCAAAGGGUUAAUGUGAAAAAGGACACUGUGUUUUUGUCCUACCAUCACUUUGUUAGAGAUGAUGGAGGAUGUGAGAAGACCCGCGGCUGGUACAGGAUAAGAGCUGUCGACUAUUGGGAUCGGGCCGGUUCCUAUUCCGAAACGGUUUACUAUCCAGAAAGUAGACCGUAAAACGCAGACAGCCAUUCCUAUGACCCGGGGUCAUACCUUGAACGGACCCUUUCAAAAUUUCAGCGUUCGACCUUCGUUCGUCCCCUCGUCAUGUACGUGAAGACGUCGUAAACCGUUCCACCAUCUUCCACUGAAAUUGUUUAAAUAAAUGUACUACUUAUUGAA